AUACAGCAGCGAAAAUUUCGCCUCAGAAUGUCAAGUUGUUAAGUAAAAUCUUUUCCAUGGAGGUCAAGUUUUAAAGAAAAUUCUAAAUUAAUCUUGUUUUUCAUAUAAAAAGUGCAUAAAAUUAUAUUGUAUCACAUGGAUGGACGAUAUUCUGAUAGAUAUGACCGCCGAGACCCUCAAUUUUGCCAGUUGUUCACAUUAUCCAGGCUCCUACGGAAGUGGCAGCAAACGCCGAAGUCGCUCACGGUCGAGAUCUCCAUCUGGGAGGAGUCAUCGUCGGAGGUACUCAUCCGACGAAGAAGACGACAAUAGAUAUUCGAGUGGCCAAAGGAGCGAGUUGAGGCGCCUUGAUGAGAAAGAUAGGAAUCGUAGUCGUGAAAAGAACUCAAGUCCCGACGAUGAAGCACCUGUUUUACCACCACCUCCACCACGGAUAUCAAAAGUCUCCAUGUCUUUUGGGAAGACACCAACGCCAAAGCCAGGCAUUCAGAUGAAGCUGAACCCUACGGGACGGUCUGACACCGGAAAACUCACCGUGGCUAGUGCAUUCAAUGCGGACAGUGACGAUGAGGUGGAGGAGAUGCCCGCAGAAUGUCGAAUGAGGAUGCGCAACAUUGGACGAGAUACACCAACAAGUUCAGGACCAAAUUCCUUCGGGAAAACCAAACAGGGCUUUUGCGAUUCGAAGAAGAUUUUUGAAAAAACUCUAAGAGGCACCCCUGAGGAAGAUGAAUAAUUCUUUUGUGCUGUUCUAGCACUAUACUCAAACCUUUCUCUCCAUUAGCUCCUUAAAAGCCCUAAGUCUUCUAUCAAUAAUAAAAAAACGAAUGUUAAAAUU